AUGACUGAGAAGAAGACAACUCGGACCCUCAAGUCUGAUACAGGUGCGAAAACGGCCAAGAGACUCUGCAAUGGUACCAACCAGCCGAUUGAUACCGAGGAAGAAGUGCUAAUGACGAACAGCAAUCCAGGGCCUAGUGUCGUCAAAAAGGCGAAACUCCCAGAGGAAGAAAAAAUUCAUGCCGUUCAGACAAAUGAAUCAAGCCUUAAUGCAAAUGAUAAGGCUGUUGGAAGCAUCAACGUUAGCCAGAAGAUAGACUCGACCGUUCCAGUCAAAGACUCAAGCAGUCACCAAGCAAGCUAUACGCAGAAUGUUGGUCAGUAUGACGCUCAGCACCGCAGUUGGCCUGUCCCUCCUGUCGCUCCUGUCGCGCCAUUUGAUGCUGGACCUGGAGCUCAGUACUCCACUCCGCCUGUGGGACACUUUGGCGGCACUCAACCUAUCGCACCCUUUGUCAGGCAGCCUGAAAGUCCAUCUGGUAUACAGGCGGGAAAUCGACCAAAUAUACAGCACAGUACCCAGCGGGCAAACCCCUACACAGAAUCAUUCUUCAGAGACAUGGCGUGGACGGUCACACAAAACUUCCCUUGGAAAUUGUUUGCGCAAGAACCUGGAUGUACAGUCCCUGAAGUCUCUGUGGCAUUUUGCGCGCUAAUCUUUGCCAUCCUGGGUGACCCCGAUUUCAACUGGAAGAAGAAAGAGCAUCUCACCACAGCUCAAUUUGGUAAUAUGAUGAUCCAUGAGUGGUGGAAGUACUACUUGAGCGUGCUGAAACCAAGAGGACGCAUGUACCAGAUGAUGCAGCCGCCAACCCGGACGACCAUUUUCACUCCAAGCCAAGGGGCAAGGCUGCAGACACAGAUGGUUGAGACCCUUUGCGAAAACCCAGCGCUCGGAAUCUCUCAUCGCGUAUUCCUAGAUGGGACAUGGGAAGAGUUGCAUGCCAGGAUCAAGGAGGAAGUUGAGCUGGUGGAGCGUCGAUGGCUGGAGAACAGGAGUCGUCGUUGA